AUGUCGUACGAAUCUUAUACAAGCACGUCUGUUACGACUACUACAACAGAAGAGCCGAAGAAAUCAUCCAAUUUAGAACUAUUUCCAACUAUCCAAAACAAUUUGCAAUCUACAAAGGUUGCAGACAAAUUAAAUGGAAUCAAAGCUCUUCUUGCAGUUAUGUCCAAAGGCGAAGAUGUUUCGUCAUUCUUCCCACUUGUUGUUCAAGAAAUCACAUCUGAAGAUGAAGCCCUUCGCCAUCUUUCCUACAUUUACUUAGUCCACUAUGCCGAAAACGACCCAGAUUCAGCCCUUAUGUCAGUUAACACUUUCCAGCGUUCUCUCACAGAUUCUGACCCGAUCGUUCGUGCAAUGGCUCUUAAAGUUCUUUCAUCUAUCAGAAAUACAGAAAUUAUCGAAAUUGUACUCGAUUCCGUCACACGCUGCGCACUUGACCUCUCCCCUUAUGUUCGAAAAGCCGCUGCUCUUGCCGUAGUUAAAAUUAAUGAAACAUCUCCAGAUUACAUCGAAGAACUCAUUCCAAUUGUACAACGUCUUUUGAACGACCAAUCGCUUGUUACCAUUUCUGGUGCAUUAUAUGCAGCAGAAAAGAUCUGUCCAGAUCGCGAUAUUUUAUUACACCCAAUCUACCGUACACUUUGCCAAGCGUUGAACCGCCUUGAUCCAUGGGGCCAAGCAAUUGCAAUGCACAUGCUCCAGCGCUACGCCCGCCGUAAUUUCCCCAAGCCAUCAGGAUCUGCUGAUUGGUUCUCAGAUGACGAAGAAGGAGCCUCUCUCGAUCCAGACUUAGACUUACUUAUCAAGAGCGUACAACCACUUCUCGCUUCCAUCACUCCUUCCGUAGUUAUUGCCGCUGCUUCUCUUUUCUUCUAUUGCGCGCCACCUCUUAAAGUUCCUUUGAUUGCAAAGCCACUCAUCAGAUUGCUCUACGUCGAUAGUGCUACCGCAUACGCUGCUUUGCUGUCAAUCGCUUCUUUCGUUGCGGAUAACGCGGAACCUUUCAUUCCUCAUAUUCGUCACUUUUUCUUAUUUGAUGAUGAACCAAUUUUCAUCAUGAAACUGAAGUUGCAAGUCCUUUCACAACUUGCAAGGCCAUCCAACAGUGACAUCUUGAUGCGCGAGUUGUCACAGUACAUCUACAACCCUGACCAAGACAUCGCAACAGAAGCUGUCAAAGCAAUUGGAAGAACAGCAUCUUUAGCAGGAGAUUCAAGUGUUUCAUGCAUCGAUGUCAUUGUCAAGAUGCUCAGUUCUCCUGUACAAAGUGUUGUUAACCAGGCAGCUCGUGUUUUAAGUCUUCUUUUGAGAAACUUGCCAAAACAAACACCGAAAUCUAAAGAUGACGAUGAUCUCUUUGGUGCAACAAAUCCAAUGGACAAAGAAGAAGUUGUUUCUAUUCUUAAGAAGCUUCUCAAGGCAUUCAUCAAGAUAACUGACAGUGAAACUAAAGCAUGCGUCAUGUCAAUUGUCGGUGAUAAAUGCGAACUCAUUCCUGAAUACGCACAUGAAGUUUUAAGAAGAGUUACAAAUGAUUUCGCAAAUUCAGAUCCAUGUGUCAAAUUGGCCGCAUUGGAAUUGAGUGCGAAAGUUUUGUACGUCAGACCGAAAGAGAGUGUUGAAUUAGUCAAAUACGUGUUGACAUUAGGUUUCUACGACCAAAACAUUAAUGUCAGGGAUCGCGCGAGAUUAAUUCACUCUCUUCUGACAGCGAACACUUCUCAGAACUAUAUCUUGGAGAUCAGAAAGACACCAAAGAAGUUCGUUCUCCCAGAUAAAAGUGAUGUUGUUUGGGGUGUUGAUUCCGUCAAGGCUUCAAACAUUGAGGCAGGAACAAUCUCUCAAAUCAUCGGAAAAGUCAUCAACAAGACAAGUUUGGUUGUUCCUUGGGUUGAUCCUUCAACUCUUCCUGAAAAGAAUCCUCGCGAUGAACCACUCGAAAUCAUCGAAUCUGCACCAGCAGAUGAAAUCAGAGCGAAGAAGGAUUUGGAGGAAGAAGACUUGAAUGAUUACUUCGGAACUUCUGAAGAUCAAAAGAUUGAAAAUGUCGUGAAGUCUGCUUUCGGUGAGGAAGAAGAGAAGGAAAACAAAGAAGAGGAUGCAAAAAUCUUCGGUGAUGUUGAUGAAGAAAAGAAAGAAGAUGAAAAUCUCGAUGAUUACUUCAGUUAA